AUGACGAGCAACGACACCACCAUCCAAACGACCAUGACGAAGAUUUUCUGUUCCAUAUUCCUGGUCUGUUUUACCCUCGGUCGAUUCUUGACGACGAAAAAGGAGAAGAAGAACGCGACGUCGAGGAGGACGGCAGCGAGAGCAUCGUCCUCGUCGUAUUCGUCGUUCUCGUCGUUUCAGUGCCAAACAAACCCUUCAAAGAAAGCGGCGGAGAAGUUUACAUUCACCGUUUCCUUGUGCUGGAUAACCUCCAUCGCGAUAAUAAUUUUGCUUAAACUGUACGAAGGGUUCACGCGAUGGCAUUAUUUACUCUAUUGCGGUGCGUGUGCGUUGCCGUAUGUUGUGUAUCCUCUGUGGAAACCGUUCGAAGAGGAUAAAGGCGUACCGGUGUGGGAAAGAUACGUGGUGAAAGCAAACGCGUGGAUUGGCAUUUUGUCCUUCGUCGGCAAUUACAUUUGGACGCACUAUUUUUAUUCCGUUUUAAACGCCAAGUACACGUUUGACGCGCACAGGUUGAACGACGUGCCGAUUUCGAUGUAUCUCAUGACGCACGCGUAUUUUAUGUUUUACCACGCGAUGACGAAUUCGAUUUUACGGAAGAUUAAGACGAGUUACGAGAAAGAUGUAUUCAGAGACGUGUUUUAUGCGACAGUUGUGGCGGCGUUAGCGUACACGACGGCGUUUAUGGAAACGUUGACUAUAUGUGCGUUUCCGUACUGGGAGUUUACCAAUAGGAACAUGGCGUAUACGCUCGGGAGCGCGUUUUACGGGAUUUAUUUCAUAGUCAGUUUUCCAAUGUUUUUGAUGGUGGAUGAAGACGUGACGACCGCGAAAGGGAAGAAGAACACAUAUUCCAUGUGGCGAGUGGUAUGGGAGAGUUUAGGGAGUUGCAUGCUGGUGACGCUGUUGUUGGAUUUCGUGAGAAUUGGUUUGACUGAUGUCAGUUUUACGAUGAAAUAG